CCCCGGACUGCCGCACCAUGGCUGAGGAGGAGCUGGAGGCUCUGAGGAAGCAGAGGCUGGCCAAACUGCAGGCGAAGCAUGGGGAUCCUGGCGAUGCAGCACAACAGGAAGCAAAGCACAGGGAAGCAGAAAUGAGAAACAGUAUCUUAGCCCAAGUCCUGGAUCAGUCAGUCCCAGCCCGCUUAAGUAACUUAGCACUUGUAAAGUCCAAACAAACUAAAGCAGUAGAGAAUUACCUCAUACAGAUGGCAAGAUAUGGACAACUAAGUGGGAAGGUAUCAGAACAAGGUUUAAUAGAAAUCCUUGAAAAAGUAAGCCAGCAAACAGAAAAGAAAACCACAGUUAAAUUCAACAGAAGAAAAGUCAUGGACUCUGAUGAAGAGGACGAUUAUUGAAAUUUAAGAUGUUUAGAGACCGGAACUUAAUGGAACAGUCUAGGACAGAUAAUACUGGGUAGAAGUGAAGAUCUGACUGUUUACUUUGUUUACUGUCUAUACGCCUUUUAAAAAAAUAAACUCGUUAU